AUGGUUUACAAAACGCCAAAGAUCAUGCUUUACUACAAGCCGACUUUGAUUUAUCAUCAGAUGCUCACUCCUGGCUCAAAACUUCAACUUUCCAACAGCUCAAAGCACCUCUUCUUCCUAUUCUUACAUCUCUUUGCUGUCAUUCCGCCACCACUUGCAAUGUAUAUCGUAGCUGAAUGGAAUGACCCGAAAAAGAUGAUAAGUGACAUGAAUUCACUUGUUCUUGAUGUUUUUGAAAAAGAACCACUUCGGGUUUACGCUUUUGCGCACGAUGAUAUCGGUCCGAAAGUUGUCGUUUGCGCUUAUGUGCUCACUGCAACAACUUUCGUUUCUUUGAGUGGAACUCUUGUUUUUUUAACAAUAAAUGGAACCAGACGAUUCACCAAGUCAUUCAGCGCUUCGACGAAGAAAUCGCAGAGAGAAUUCAUGAUAACGACGAGUGUACAUUACACCGUCUUUAUCAUGUUUCUCUAUGGCGGGUUGGGCGUUCUCAUUUCUCCGCUCAUCACUGGAAUCAUUGAUCAACGAACAAACUACUAUGGCUUGAUCAUCAUCGCGAUGAACAGCAUCGUCUCGGCUCCGAUUCAGAUCUUUGCUUGCAAAGCUUACAGAGAGUUUACGAUGAAAUUUUUCAAACCAGAGUUGAUAAAUUGCCAGUCUGCUUGGAUAAUC